GUGGGGCCUCUGCUUAGGACCUGCCGGGAAGGGAAGAGGAAGCACAUCCAAAAGGGGGCUUAUGGAGUGUGGAUUUCCGGAGUUAGAGGUAAGGCCCUGGGUGAGGGUGUGUGGGUGGGGUUUAGGCCCAGCAUGGUUGGAGGGGGUCUCAGAGGGGCUACCUCUGAGUGUAGAGGUAGGGCCCUGGGUGGGGCGUAGAGGCACAGCAGGAGGGAGGCUCCGAGGGCAGAGGAUUAGGCCUGGGAGCCCAACAGGCUCCCCGGUGCCUAAGUGGACAGGGAACGUGUUGGCUGUGUUCCCUUCCGUUCCUCCGCCCCCCAACCAGGGUCUCCCCUGUCCCCGCUGGACCCCUAACCGUGGGUGGGUCCCGCUGGGUGUAGGAACUCCUCCCCUCCCCCAGCCACCUCUCAGGGGUGCCUGUCCCGUAGGUCCGGCCUUUACUUUUGCUCCGCCUUCUCUCCCUCCCACUCCCUCAGGACCCGCGUGGCUGGAGGGGGCCUCGGUGGGCAGAGGAUCAGGCCCGGGAUCUCAGCAGGCUCCCAGGGGCCCAAGUGGGCAUGGGAAACGCUGGCCAUGCUCCCUUUUGAUCCUUUGUGCUCCCAAUGGUCCCUUCCUUUCCCCCCUGGGCAUGGGAUCCCUUCCCCUACCCCAGCCGCCCCUCAGGGGCCCCGGUCUCAUCCCGCCUCCACUUCUCCUACCCCCUCACUCCCCCCAACGCCCAGGUCCUACCCGGUUGCUGGGGGUUCCUCCCAUUCCCUUAGGUGUCAGUGGUCCCCCACCAGUGCCUGGUAGGUGCCCUAGUUGCGAGGAGACGCGAAUUCCACGUCCUCCUAGUCCGCCAUGUUGACUCCGCCCCCCACAAGAAAAACCUCCUUGAUUGUAUUUCUGCAUGCGAUUCUCUACUUAAACAUAACAAAAAUGUUCCCUUUCUUUUUUUUGCGGUACGCAGGCCUCUCACUGUUGUGGUCUUUCCCUUUACGGAGCACAGGCUCCGGACGCGCAGGCUCAGCGGCCGUGGCUCACAGGCCGAGCCGCUCCGCGGCACGUGGUAUUCUUCCCCGACCAGGACACGAACCCGUAUCUUCUGCAUCGGCAGGCAGACUCUCAACCACUGCGCCACCAGGUAAGCCCCAGGCAACUAUAACUUUUGACAGGUCCGAAUACAAAACUGAUUUAUUUACAGUGUCACCGCUAGGUGGUGCCACCAAUUAGUGAAAACAAUGGUUGCUGUCAUGGGACAACCGAAAACCACUUGCAGCCAGUACAAGCACAAGUUUGUGAGCUUGUAGGGAACUUGUGUGCCCUUGUGCACUUGUGUAUAAGCGUGUGCACACACAACUCUUGGUGCAUGAGUUUGCUCUCAGUGCAAUGUUGGUUUACAAGUGUACACAUGUGUGCAUGUGUGCAAGUCCAUGCAGAGGUCUGUGCACCCUGGAGAGCAUGGGCAAGAAGCUAAUGAUAUGAACUCCAAAAGUCUUGACCCAUCAGCCGUAUGUAUUGUCUGGAACUCUGGCCCCUUAUCUUGGAAGGCUGUUUGUAGAGCGUGCAGAAGCCCUGACCCUAAGGGAGAAUACAGCGACGCCACAGGACAGCUUUUCUGAGGCAGGGAAUCCCUAGACACAGCCACACAUCCUCUAAGGUCAUCAGUCCUGCAAGCCCUCCAAGGAGGUCUCAGUCAGUUGUGACGUCGUGGAGGACCGUGGUCUCAACACCUUCCCAAGUGCCCAAAGCUUCAAAUCAAAUGCCCACCUUGGGAUUGUAUCUUCUGUCCAGAUGGGGAGUGACCCUGCACUUAAGAAAAUAAAUGUGUGUGUAUGUGUGUGUAGGAUGGGGGAGCUCCCCCAAUUCCCUGCCCCCACCCAAAGUCAUCCAAAUCCACACACCCUUUCCCUGUUAUCUCUGUGGACGGUCCUCAGCUGAUCUCAGCUUUCACUCUGGAGCCCCCCUCACUCCGGGAAUCGUGCUGUCUUGAUUAUUUGCGGUCUAGAAUAGCCCACAAAGCUGGGGUACCUUAGGCAAGUCCCCUCCCUCAGUUUCUCUGGCUCUCAGUGAGGGCUGGGUCUGUGUGACUCCAAGAGGCCCUUAGUGCUGACUGGAGUUCUGCCAGUCGCAGGGCCCUGCCCCCCUCCCGUGGCUGGUGUGGGGUGGGAGUCUCCUUGGAGAAGCUCCCAAGAAGGAGAAAGUUCUGUUUGGCUUCCUCCUCCUCCUUCCAGCACACUUCCCUCCUUAACAGGCCCCCAGGGAAGGCAGCUGGGCUCGCAGACCUCUAGAAGCCACAGGAGGGAGUUCUCACUUGAGCAUCACUAAAAAUUCAAGUGGCUUCCUCCCUCCACGCCCCCCACCCCAGGGUGAAAGCCCCAGGACUCAUUAGACCCACUGCCCCCAGAGCCCAAUUUGGUUGAAGGGAAUGCUUGGCUUUUCCAUCCAGAGGAGCUUUGCCUUAAGGGUUUGGGGCUUCCCUGAGAGAGCUCAUCUCAGAUUGAGGUCAGAGAGGGAAGGUCCCCAGAGGUCACCUCUUGCCCUGGCACUUUUCCAGAGGAGGAAACAGGCUGCAGGGGAGGGGCUUGUCCAAGGUUCCACAGAGGUGGGCUCACUGUGGAGGGCCCCCGGGCAUCCAUGGUCUCGGGAUGGAGAUGCAGAGCUGGGGCUUCAGGGAGGCCCUGCCACGUGUGAAGAAGAGCUGUGAGAACAGUCCGACAAGCCCACAGCAGAAGGGGCUGCCCAGGGAGAUAGUGGACACCCAUCCCUGGACAUGUGGGUGGGAUGGGUAAGUGCUUGUCUAGAUGAACAGAGGAUUCAGGACCAGGAGGGGGAGAGGGAUGCGAAACUGCUUAGGUCCUGCCCCCUCUGUAAAUUCUCCCCCAGUCAGGAAUGGCGUGUCACAACUGCUGGGCUGGGAUGGCGCGAGGGUCUGCCGUUUAUGGCCAGUUGAACCUGUUGGUUGGAAGCCAAGAGGCUGGCACUGGGGCCUCUCUGACCUCAGCAGCCUCCUUCCUGCCUCCUGCAGCCCUGGGCUAACACCCAGACCCUCUUAGCUCCCAGAUCCAGUAGGACCGAGGACGCAGAGACAGUUGUUCAUCUUCCCUGGAUGAUAAAACCCUGCCUGCGGGGCCUGCCUGAGCUCCUGAAGUGUGGGACAAUUGCACGAUAGAACCUGACUAGUCCAGGAGGCCUCUGUGGGCUGCAGGACAGGGAGCCGCAGACUCUCAGAUGGCACGAGGUCUCCCAAGUCGACUGGUGCAAACUCUGCUGCCUUAAUAUCAGUGGCAAAUGUGUCAGGACCUGGUUUAAGUGCCUUAUAAAUCUUAACUCCUUGAAUCCUCAGAAAACCCUAUGUGGAAAUAUGCUCUAAUGAGCCAUUUUACAGAUGAGGAAACUGAGGCACAGAGAGUUUAGGAAACUUGUGCACAAUCACAGGGCAAGUGAGUCAUGUGGUUCGAGAACCCAUGUGCUGUGCUCUCUCUAAGAGAGGAGGGAGCCCAGGGAGGGGACAGAGCUGGCCUAGUCACUUGGCCAAACAGCAGGAUUGGGGGCCUAGACUCUUUAUCUCCAGCCUCUGGCCCCUCCCCACCCCGCAGCCCCUCCUUUCAGCUCCUCUGUCCCGACCAAGCCUCGCUGUGGGCCUCCCCAGAGCUAACAGUAGCCAGGCCUCCCCUUGGCUGGCAGCUCCAGCCCAAAGAGGCUGCACCCACAUUCCCUGGCUGCUCUCCAGCCCACAGGAGCUGAGAAAACAAAGUCCAGUGACUGUGAGGGCUGAGCAGAGGCUGCCGAAGGGGAGGAAGCAGCGAGGAGCCACCGAGCGGAGGCCGCUGUCAACUCCCAGAUGCUGGGCCUCCUGGGGAGCACGACCCUCGUGGGCUUGAUCAUAGGCGCUGCUGUGGCUCUGCUGUUGCUGCUGCUGCUGCUGGCCGCCUGCUUGUACUGCAGACAGGAGGAGACUGACGUGGAGAGGAACCACCCUGCUGCAAGGAGAAACCGAGUCCGGUGGGCCCAGCCUCCGAUCUCCUCAGGCCGGGGCCACCUGGGACGCUUGCACCAUAUCCGUUAUUCUGGCCGUGUGCCUCACAUGCCCCAUGCGACCCUCCAUCACCACCAUCACCUCGCCCACCACCAUGCCCACCACGCCCACCAGGCCCAGCGAGGCCGCCGCUGAUGCCUGGAUGGCAGCCUGCCCCACCAUCACCAGGAUGCGGGGACCCCGAGGUUCCCGUGCAGAAGGGCACCUCUCGGCGGUGAACGUCGGGACCUGCCUGGGCUUCAUUCGCCUACUGUGCCCCGUGUGCUACGGAGGCGGAGGACUGAAGAGCUCCAGGGGUGGCCCUGACGGGGCUGAGAGCAGGGGUGGUGGUGGUCCUUCGGGGACGGACACCACCUUGUGACUGUAAGUCCCAACGGGCACCAGAAGUGACGGCCAGUCUGGUGCAGGUGCACAGGGGUGUGGGGAUGCACAGAAGGUGUACCCUGCUCUCUCCGAACAACCAGGCCUCUGGCCAGGGCGGUAGCUGGGAGGUGCCCUGGUAACGCCCUUUCAUUUGCAGAACGUAGCUUGAGGCUGCACAAUCAAGUCAAUGGUGCCUUAAUACAAGAAAAUAAAAACCACUAAGAAGCUUU